UUAGUUUGAACUUCUACAUCUGAUAGAUAGUCAUUGUCAUACUCAUGUGGACAACAUAAUUAGAUAUGUAUGUUUUUGGUUGUCCAUGCAAGGCGACUGCAUGGAUGUGCUGCUUCAGUUUUCCCUUAACGAAUGGCAUUAUGGGAUCUCCAUCGCCUCAUUUCUCACAUUAGUUCUGAUGGACAACCAUAAUCACUCACCGCCCCAUGUCCCUGAAGUAACACUGGACAUUUCAUCUGCUUCUGGAGUAGCUGGGGGCAAAGCUUGCAGAGGUGCCGCCUGCGACUUUUCUGACACCAGUAACACCUCGAAAGAUGCAAAGGAGAGAUCUGCGUCCAUGAGGAAGCUCCUAAUUGCUGUGAUCCUUUGCGUUAUAUUCAUGGCAGUCGAAGUGGUUGGAGGCAUCAAAGCAAACAGUCUUGCAAUCCUGACUGAUGCAGCCCAUCUCCUUUCUGAUGUUGCAGCAUUUGCCAUAUCUUUAUUCUCUCUAUGGGCAGCUGGUUGGGAAGCGACACCACAGCAGUCAUAUGGAUUUUUCCGUAUUGAAAUUCUGGGCGCAUUGCUUUCCAUUCAGCUUAUAUGGCUCCUUGCUGGCAUACUUGUCUACGAAGCUAUCAAUAGGCUCCUCAAUGAAAGUGGCGAGGUACAGGGCUCCCUCAUGUUUGCUGUAUCAGCUUUUGGCUUGUUUGUUAACAUCAUAAUGGCAGUGUUGCUUGGUCACGACCAUGGGCACGGUGGGCAUGGGCACAGCCAUGGUCAUGACCAUGGACAUUCACAUGACCAUGAUCAUGGACACUCGGAGGAUGACCAUCCCCAUCACGAAGAUCAUGAGCAGGGCCAUGUACGCCAUGAGCACAGUCAUGGUACCUCCAUAACCAUCACAACUCAUGAGCACUCUCAUUCAAGCAGUGGACUACAUCAUGAUGCCGAGGAACCGUUGCUUAAGCAUGAUGGUGAUUGUGAGAGUACCCAGCCUGGUGCCAAGGCCGCUAAGAAGGCUAACCGUAAUAUCAAUGUGCACAGUGCUUAUCUGCAUGUUAUCGGGGACUCCAUCCAGAGCAUUGGUGUAAUGAUUGGAGGUGGUCUCAUCUGGUACAAGCCUGAAUGGAAGAUUAUUGAUCUCAUAUGCACCCUCAUCUUCUCUGUGAUUGUACUGUUUACCACAGUCAAGAUGAUUCGGAACAUUCUUGAAGUUCUGAUGGAGAGCACACCCCGCGAGAUCGAUGCCACCAGGCUCGAGAGUGGUCUCCGUGAGAUGGAAGGUGUGAUUGCUGUCCAUGAGCUGCACAUCUGGGCUAUCACAGUGGGGAAGGUACUGUUGGCAUGCCACGUGACCAUCACACAGGAUGCGGAUGCAGAUCAGAUGCUUGACAAGGUCAUUGGGUACAUCAAGGCAGAGUACAACAUCAGUCAUGUGACGAUUCAGAUCGAGCGCGAGUAAGGUACAGAUAGCUGGGGAUGAAAAUUGCGCUUGUUCACGGCUUAUCUUCCUAAAAUGCGGUUGUUGUUAGCUUUGCCCUUGCAAAAAGGCGUUGCAGGUUCAUCUAGCUGUUAUCUUUGGUGCUGGAGAAAUAUUAUAUAUGUUCGAUUUAUCAUUAGCUCUUUAGGUGGAUGAACUAUUAUCAGGGUGGUGUAGUCUGUGUUCACAUGGAUGCAGUUUUCAGACGUUUAUUGAGCCCCCUUUUGAGCUCAUCAACCCGCAUGUGUAGUUCAGGUGCACCCUUUCUUGUCACUUUAUGUAAAGCUCUGCUUGUUAUGGCAUGGAUAUUGUCAAGUUUUUCUA